AAAAUAAUGAGCUUAAUAAAAAAAACAUCUGGCAAAGAAUCUUUGUGCUUCAAUCUUUGAAAGUUGAAACAGUAAUAAUAGCUUCAGUAGCCAACAGCUCUUUGUCUGUACACUGCUGGUUUCAAAAGGAUUCUCUUUUAAAGAAGUGGAGAAACAAAGAAAGAAAACAAAAUCAAAAGAGCUUAAUCAAGAAAGAUAUGUUUGGCAAUUGUGACCAGAAGAAGAAGAUGCCUAUCAUCAGUUCUCCCAACACCAGUCCACUGGCGAGUAUGCAGAGCAAGAACAUGAUAGUGGCUUCGUCUCAUCAGCAGCAGCAACACCAGCAACCUCAGCAACCGCAACCACAACUUAAAUGCCCUCGGUGCGAUUCCUCGAACACAAAGUUUUGUUACUACAAUAACUACAGCCUCUCUCAGCCGCGGCACUUUUGCAAGGCUUGCAAGAGGUACUGGACGCGAGGUGGGACCCUACGGAACGUUCCCGUUGGCGGUAGCUACCGGAAGAAUAAACGGGUGAAGCGGCCAGCAACCGCAACCGCAGCUGCCUCCACGGCCUCGACAACGACUUCUUCAUCCCCUAAUAAUCCUCAUCAGAUCUCCCAUUUCUCUUCCAUGAAUCACCAUCCCUUGUUCUAUGGUUUAUCAGAUCAUAUGAGCAGCCGUAAUAAUCUUCCAAUGAUUCCGAGCCGUUUCAGUGAUUCGUCAAAGACUUCAUCAAGUGGUUUAGAGAGCGAGUUUCUCUCAUCUGGUUUUAGUGGCCUUAGUGCUUUUGGAUUAGGGCUUCCACAUCAUAUGAGUCAUGACCACGCCAUCAGCGGUAGCUUCAUCAACAACUCUACAACAAGCAAACCCUUUCUUCUCUCGGGUAUAUUCGGGUCUUCGAUGUCUUCUUCUUCCUCUACUCUUCUCCAGCAUCCUCACAAGCCCAUGAACAAUGGUGGUGAGAUGCUGGGGCAAUCUCAUCUCCAAACCCUAGCAUCACUUCAAGAUCUGCAUGUUGGAGGUAAUAAUGAAGAUACGAACAAAGAAGGGAAGCUUGAUCAGAUCUCAGGGAACAUUAAUGGCUUCAUGUCAUCAUCAUCUUUAGAUCCUUCAAACUACAACAACAUAUGGAAUAAUGCAAGUGUUGUCAAUGGAGCAUGGCUUGAUCCAACAAAUAGUAACGUUGGAUCUUCCCUCACCUCCUUGAUAUAAACCAGAACUUUGGUUAUAGCUAGGAUCUAUAACUAGCUAGGGUUUAUCAUCAUCACUUUUUUUUUUCUUUGUGUUUUGAGAUGAGAGAAGAAGCUUGGAUCAGAGAGAUCAAAUCAGGGGCAAUGUUUAUCUUGGCCACUAUAAAGCUCCCUCGGAUCCUCUUCAUCUCACCAUCUCCAUCACCUUCCUUCGCGUUGUUCAAGAAAAACAAAAGAGGCUCAAGAUUGGUUCAAGGUUUACUAUGUUCUACUGUUAAGUUCACUCAAGGUAAAUUAUAUGUGUAUGUACAUAAUAUGGUCCUGACUUUCAUCAUCUUUUUUUUCCAUCAAUGUAAUUCUAAGGUCCACCACAUGGGUUGGUGUUUCUUUUCAUUGGGAUUAGGAGGGUAUAUUUGGCUUAAUUUGGGUUUCUCAUGGGGUACGAGAACUCGAUAGCUUUCAAGUUUUAUAUAUUUUUUAGUUUCACAUUUCUUCUUUGGUGUGGCUAUCAUUGGGUAUACAAACAGUGGGAGGGGUGUGCUUGUGUUGUUAUAACUUCGGCUAUUCAUGUAUGAGUUAUGUUAUUACGGUUCUUAAUUUUUGAUACAUGUCUAAGUAUAUAUUAUAUAUACAUAUUAUAA